GAAUACCGCGACAGGAAAAAGGAGAACCAGGAGCGUCUGGCGGAGGACACGGAGGCGAACGAAGGCCUGGACGCCCCCCUCCCCCCUCACAGCACCUCCAGGGAGCGUCUGUGGCGAGCCUUCGAAAACCCUCACACCUCCACCAUGGCGCUGGUCUUCUACUACGUCACCGGCUUCUUCAUCGCCGUCUCCGUCAUCGCCAACGUGGUGGAGACGGUCCCCUGCCGGCCGCACAAAGGCAGCGUGAAGGACCUGCCGUGCGGCGAGAAGUACCAGCUGGCGUUCUUCUGCAUGGACACGGCCUGCGUGCUCAUCUUCACCUUCGAGUACCUGAUGCGUCUGUUCGCCGCGCCGAGCCGCUGCAAGUUCAUGCGCUCGGUGAUGUCUGUGAUCGACGUGGUGGCCAUCAUGCCGUACUACAUCGGCCUGGUGAUGCCCGAGAACGAGGACGUGAGCGGCGCCUUCGUCACGCUGCGAGUCUUCCGCGUCUUCCGCAUCUUCAAGUUCUCGCGCCACUCGCAGGGUCUGAGGAUCCUGGGCUACACGCUGAAGAGCUGCGCCUCCGAGCUCGGCUUCCUGCUCUUCUCCCUCACCAUGGCCAUCAUCAUCUUCGCCACCGUCAUGUUCUACGCCGAGAAGGGCACCAAAGGGUCCACCUUCACCUCCAUCCCCGCCUCCUUCUGGUACACCAUCGUCACCAUGACAACGCUGGGGUGA